AUGCCGUCGCGGUCCGCGUAUAACCAUCCUCAUCCUCCGACUCUGAACUCCUCCAGCGUCUAUCCGAACACCGCCCUUCUCUCUUCUUCAGCGGAGAGGAGUGCACAACGCCACAUCCAGCACGAUGCUCCCAUCCUGCCGACGAUGACCGGCAACCCGGCGACCUCGCCUCCCCACAAUCGAGGUCAUUCUCGUUCGAUCAGUCACCCGUUUCCGUCCGCCUUUGGCGGCAAAAGACGCAACCCGAACCCGGGUUUCUUAGACUCUGACUCCGACGAUGACGACGUUGAGGUGACGCAUCUUCCCGAUGUGCUUUCUAGUAGCCCCAGGAAAGGCUCCUCACGCCCGUUGCCGGGUGCAGAGGCGAUCUCAACAGGAAAAUGCAUGACGUGCAACUCUACUGUUCGAUGGCCGCGGGAGUUAAAGGUUUUCCGGUGUACGGAGUGCUUGACUGUAAAUGAUCUGGAGCCGUACACUUCGAAGGAUUUGGGGGGUCAAGGGAGCUCGCGGAAGGAUGGGAAGUCUGGUCUGUCCAUACCGAGAAAAGGUGUGCCGAAUUUACCUGGUGACUCUUACAGUUGA